AUGGUAACCAUGGCAGCGCGCUCCUUGGUGCAGUACCGCUCUCCUCCAACAGGGGACGCUGUUCCUCUGUCUUUCUCCUCCAGCUCCGUGAGAACCGGACUCAGCAUCACUCUGGAGGAUCACACACACUCACACACCGCGCCCCUCUGCGUCUCCAGACCCACACACCGCCUCCACGUCUCCACAGCCCGCGGAACCAUGACGGCGAAAGCCCGAAAACACACGGGGGCCAGGGGUGCUGUGACCCCGGGGGAGCGCGACAAGAGCCCGCUGCUCUCCUCUCACUCCUCCGGGAGAAGCACCUCCAGGAGAGGAGGCAGAGAGGGACACAAAGGCUCUCAUGCCAACGGACUGUCUGGGUCUAAGCACUGGCUGACGGGUCCUGUCUCGGCACGGCUCGGAUCAUCGCUGGUUCUGGGUGAGUUCGGAGCUAGCUGCAGUUAG